UAUUUAUUCGCGAUGAGUCAAGUGUGUAUUACGUUAGCGUUUGUGUUGGUAGUAGCGCAGUAUGCCUGUGGGUAUCCUGGCGACUCCGCUAUGUUUUUGCCGCCAUUCGAGAUGCGUGCUAUGGGUCCGUAUCCCUCACAAGCGUAUCCAUACCACCAAGUAAAUAGACAUAAACCACCUCAAGUGCCUUACACAGACGUUGUACCAAAGAAGCCACUACAAAUACCUGCUGACAAACAAAGUAAUCAAAACAUGACUUUUAGUGAACUCGUCGACGCGCUGAACAAAAUCCAAAACGGAACAGAAUUUCAAAGACUCCGGACUUCUGAUGCAGGUGAAAGGAAAGUUAACACGUUGUAUGCACCUUCGGCUGCCGAGAUGAACUUCGCUUCGAAGUACGCGCCUCCUCCGACAUACGAUACAUCUCCUGACCCCGCAUCGACGUCAGCGCAACCGAAAACGCCGCUGUUGAAACCCGACCUCGCCGGCGUCUUGACACCAAAAGUAACCAACAAAAUGAGCGGCUUAAUGAGCCUCCUACCCGCCCUCCUCGCCAGCCCUAUGUCUGGAGGUCUGGAAAAAACGGGAAUGAAGGACUUACUCAUAAAUGGAAUAAUAAAACCGCUUUUAAUCUCAAAGGGCGGCAUUAAAACCUUAAUUAGUAAGUUAACUAUUCCUGUAAUAGGCUUGUUAUUGAUAAAUUUAGAAGUUCUGGUAAUUAUCUGGUGGUUAUGGGAGGACUGUGAUAUUGUGCCCGUGGAGCCUACUUACCCGGCAACUUAUUCAAAGCCGGCUUAUAACUACAAUAAUAACUCAUAUAGAUAAGAGAUAGUUUAUUGCAGACAUUAUCCCAGUUAUUUGUAUCGAUUUUCAAUAAUAAACAUACUGUCGUUAUGUGAGACUGAAUGUAAUAAAUAAU